AGAGCAUCUUGACAUCUGGAUCAAUAUCUCAAUACAAAGACAGGACACAAUGGAACAAUACAUAUUUUAAGGAUCCUGCACUUAUCACUCAUUAUUUGCUGAUAUUAAGAAGAAGCUAGACCACAAUGCUACAAGGAAGUAGGAAUAAUGACUUUCUUUCCAGUGAUGAUAUACAUUGUCCAGACAAAACAUCAUCUGUGUUGCUUGUUUGUUGUUCAUACAAUCAUAGAAGUGACAAACGUCUACAAUCAAAGACAGAGGAGAAUUGAGAAUCCUCUGGGUGCCAUUUCUGUCUGAAUAGUUACAUGGUUUAAUAUGUAAUCCAGUUCAAAGUCACCUGUCAUAAAAUAAAACCUCAGUAUCUAUAGUAUGUAGUGUAUUUUUUCCAGUUUUGUUCAUUGUAUUAUUAUUAUAAGAGUGAACGCACACAACACACUAGGCUUCCAAAGGUUUAUUGACUUUGUUGGCUGGGAGUAAAAGUCGUGAUCCAGUUAGCAAGGUGAAGAAAAUGGAAGUGUAAAAGAAGGAGAGAAAAAAAGUGCUUCCACCCAAAAUAGUUUCAGUUUGGCAGCUCUCACACUUUUGACACAUUUUUUCCCGAAGAAGCUGGAGAUAUUUUUUACCCUUCAGAUACAGGAAGGAGGCAAGUGUGUUGUGAUUUUGUGGGCUUCAUGGCCUCAAAUUCUCAUGGCAGACCAAUGGAAACAUUGGGCAUUUCUAACAUUAUGAGGCAUAUAGCUUUUCAAAUUUUUGCAAUCCCUAUUUCCUGAAGAUCUUAGACUACAGUACUGUUACAGCUACAGUCACUGUAUAUUUGUUGCCUUUGUCUAACCUUGAGUAAUAGGAAAACCUCUGAGUGGAUAAUAUUUUAAAGUAGUCCAGAAAUUAGUAAGCAAUUCGUUUAAAAGGUCUCAGGGUUUCUGUGACCAAAAAGUCACCAAAAGGUGUGUGUGUGUGUUAUGUCUAUACUCAUUCUAUAAGGAUAAUAUUUGAUCACCGUAAAGAUAACAUGUUUAUCUUUCCUUUCAUACAAAAUUAGCCACGUCCUCCUGGAGGCUUAUCAUGGAACAAAUGAUGAAGGAAAACAAUGUGCGUGCGUGUGUUUGCUAAUGUGCAAACACUUAACCACUUUAUCCUGAUAAAAUAGAAAUGUGGAAUUUUAUUUGCCUAUUUCUCAACACAGACAUAAACUUACGGUUUAUGGGUUUCAGGGCUGUUACACAUCCUCUAAACCUGGAUGGUAAACCAGGACUUUGUUGACUUUAAUCCUCAGAGCCAACCUGUUACACAAUAACAAGACUGUUGGCCUUUUUUCAACUAUGAGGUAACUUCAAUCAAAAGGACAAAUCAUUUUUUGAAAUUGCCCUCUUUAUCCUGGCUUUUCUAAAGAAUAAAAACAAAUGUGUUACUUUACUUUUACCAAAACAUUGUGUGUGUAAAUGCGUUACAGUAUAUUUUUACCAGUGAAAGAAUCGCUAAAAAUACCAAUACCACAUUUUGAGAACACAAGUCAAAGUCCUGCAGUCAUAAAAAAGUUUUAGCGACAAAAUGUACUGAAAGUUUUGAAAGUAAAAGUACUUUUUAUUUAGGCUCUUUCAGAGGUUUGUGUUGUAAUAUAUAAUAUAUUAUUGUAUAGUUAUUGUUACAUAAGCUUGUUUAACGUCUCAGUAACAUUUUAUUUUUGCAAGUAGUUGAGCUGGAAUAACUUUUCAUUGUCAUAACAAUGUAUCAUGAUUUAUGUUUUGUAUGAUAACUUAUUUGUACAGCGGUCAAAUACUUAAUUAAGUACAAAAAAGCACAAUAUUUGCCUCUGAACUGUAUAGUAGAUUUAGCAGAAGUAUAAAAUAUUUAAAUAAAUACAAAUAAAUUACAAUUAUGGCCACGUUUAAUGUAUUUGUUACCACUGAAUUUUACCACAUGGGAUGUUGCAUCCCCCUAUGAUAUCACCAUAACAUUAAAGCAAAAUAAAAAAAGGACCAUAGUUUGGUCACUAUUAACAGAAUUUGACAAAAUAUCCAUUUACAGUAUAGUUCUGCAGUGGUUUUGUAAAUGUUGUGCAUACCCCAGCGUGUUUUCAAAGCUCUAACAUGACUUAAGAUGCUGAGGCUGACUGAGUCACUGCGGGUCGCACUUUGUGCAACAGAGCAACUGUUUGCACAGCAAGCAAAUCCAAUGACUCCUCCCCCUGUGCAGGCUGUUUAAUUCCCGUGAGGUGAUGCCCAGCUAGUAACUUAAUAAAGCUGCUGGAUGCAAUCCCGGGGCACAAUGUGUGGAUCAUGUUCGUCUGACAGAGCUGCUCUCUGCUGCUCUCCUGCUCUCAGACAGCCUGCUGCUUUCCUGUAAGUACUACGGGGUCACACAGCCAUUUCAACUUUUACAUGUGAUGAAGGGAGACAUGUCCCUGCUGGUUGAAUAACUCACCAGGACUUAUGAAUGAAAACACAUCAGACACAACGAGGACAGUGAGAGGGAGAGCACAGUAUCGCAUUCGAAGCUUCCUGUCCUGGUGUAACUGUCAGAGCAUAAUGGUGGCAUUUAAAGGGAUCUGGACCAAGGACUUCUGGAGGUCUGUGUCUGGAGAAUACCUGGCCACUCUCAUCUUUGUCUUUCUCGGUCUGGGCUCCACCAUCAACUGGGCUGCAGGGGAAGAGAAGCCUCCCCCAGCUGACCUAGUCCUUAUCUCCCUGUGCUUUGGCCUGAGCAUCGCCACUAUGGUGCAAUGUUUUGGCCACAUCAGUGGCGGACACAUUAACCCUGCAGUCACUGCAGCGAUGGUUGUAACUAGAAAGCUGAGCCUGGCAAAGGCAUUGUUCUAUGUGGUGGCUCAGUGCCUGGGAGCUAUUACUGGAGCUGGGAUCCUCUACUUUGUCACACCUGCUGCUUUUAGAGGCUCCUUCGGUGUGACCACGGUGAACUCCAACAUCUCGUUAGGACACGGCCUUCUUGUGGAGCUGCUUAUCACAUUCGAACUGGUCUUCACCGUCUUCGCCACCUGUGACCCCAAACGCACAGACCUUGGAGGCUCUGCUGGCCUCGCCAUCGGCUUUGCUGUAGCCAUUGGACACUUAUUUGCAAUCCCUUAUACAGGAGCCAGCAUGAACCCUGCUCGGUCCUUUGGGCCUGCGCUGAUCACACUUAACUUUGAGAACCACUGGGUGUACUGGGUGGGACCCAUUCUGGGCGCCAUCCUUGCUGCUGGUCUGUAUGAGUACCUGUACUGCCCUGACCCUGAGAUGAAGAAGAGGCUGAAGCAGGUCUUCCAGAAAGAUCCAUCAGGGAAAUACAGGGAAGUGGAGACAGAAGACAUUGCAGUCAAGCCAGGAUCCAUCCACACUAUCGAUCUGGAGAAAGCUGAGAAAAAGGAUCCUUUCCCAGACUCGACGGGAGAAGUGCUGUCUUCAGUAUGACUAUCACGUGCACUGGAAAUGGAGACCAAUCUGUAGAGCAGAAUGACAAUCAAAACUUUGGAGUAUCCAUCUUGAGCUUGUCUCCCCUCCAAAGCAGAAUGUAAUUUCGGCCCACGAGGCUUCACAGCAAGGCCGAAUUACUCUCAUUGUCAUAAAGCUAAUAUGAUGUUAUGGCUCAAUCCCACAAACAUCUACAACCUGUUCAAUACUCCUCCUGAGGCCCCGCUUGAACGAUUUUGUAGCAGUGGUGGCAUGCGGCGCACAUUGCACGCUCCAGAAUGACAGCCCGCAAUACAUUGUGUUAGGGAAAUAUGUGUGGGGUCAACCAAUUAUGUGGGGUCAUCACGCUGAAUUGGAGAAAUGAAGAAGAAAAUGCAGGCUUGUUAUUUUUGGAUUAGUGUCACAUUUGGUCCAUGUACUGUAUAUGUAACAGCAGCAGAAAUGUUCUUUGUAAUCAUUAAGCACAUUACAGGUUCCAAGCAAUAUAAGGCAGCUCUGACAAGCUUUAUUAUCAGAGUUGUAUUACAGUGCUCUCUAUUUUCAGUGCAUUAGUCAGGGAAACAACCAGGUCGUGUUUAUGGAAACACUGUUUCUGUUAAAGUCUAUCUCCACUUUUUCAUGUUUAUUGUGUCUAUUACUACAUAGUGAUUUAUUUAUUUUUCUAUUUAAUAGAAAUCACGAUACUUACUGUAGUUGUUUUUAUUUUAUAGAUCUAGAUUUCAUUGUAAUAUUUCUUAUUUCUCUGUAUGAUUCACUGUAUUUCAUACUCAAGUUCUUAACUUAUUGAUAAGAUAUUUGGCGUCAUGAUUUUGCUCAGUCCGUGUAUUUGCUCACAAACUCAAAAUGCUACAGGAUGUAAAAUUUGUAAUAAUAAAGUUGUUUUUUUUAUUUCU